GUUUGAACUUAGUGGCGACACUGAUUGUUGGUUGGUUUCUUUGGUUAUGUUUUUAAAGUUUCCAAUCAAAAUAUUGCCAAAUAAAUUAAAUGGUUUCAAUUGAAAAAACUAUUUAUUAUCAAAAAUGUAUAUUCUAGAAGACUUCUUAUUAAGUCUUCAAGACUUUUUGGUAAGCAGGAAGGAAUACGAUCAUAAUAUUAUUAGAAAACAUACAAAGAAAUUGGAUGAACUUGGUGAAAUCAGUUUUCCUUUAUGCAUUAAUAAAUGGUCUACUUUAAUUGACAAUAAAAAUGUUGCACAUGUUGGAAUAACUACUAUACUGCAGUACAAAUACCCGAAGAGUGAUAAAGACAGUUUACUAAAUAUAUUAAUUACUGAGAGCAGUAACUGGAAAAUACAAAUAAAACAAAUUAAUGUUAAGAAUAAUGAUGCCCAUAUUUUUUUUAAUAAAUCAUUUGAUUUGUUUAGGGUUGUUAUACAAGAUGUUUUGGAACAUAGUGAUACAUAUGGUUUCAGCGAUAUUAUUAAAAAUAAUGUGAUUAUUAAAAUUUCUCCUAAUAUAGAAAGUAGCGAUAUAAAUCAAUUGGAUUUAACUAAUUUGAGAUUAAAACUAUUAAAAGAUAUAAGUACAAAUUUUAUAAUGCAAAAUACGUCGAAAUCAACAUCCAAUACCUGCAAUGUAUAUUUAGUUUUAAAUCCUGUGGAAAAAGAUAAAAAAACAAUAUUAUGUGGACCAGUAGUUAAUGAAAAAAGUGUAAAAAGUACAUAUAAGGCUUCCGAGUUGUAUAAGAAGAGAUCAGCUGAUAUGCGAAUGAUGGCACAGCAUAAGUAUGGAAUUCAAGUGAAACUUAAUCCUAGUUGGGAAAAUUAUUUUGAUAAUUUGGGUACAGGAUCGGUAACAAUAGAAAUGUUAACUAACAAGCCCCAAAAAUCUAUAAAAAUUACUCCAAAUGAUUUACAGUCUGCUAACAAAGGAGCUGCGUUUAUAUUUUACAAUUGUGCAAGAUUAUCUGCAUUAUUUAAAGAAUUUGAUAAAAGAGUCUCAAUGCGAGAGUAUCCUGAACUACCAAAUUGUAAUGAUAUUGACUUUUCUCUGCUCAAGCAACCAGAAGAAUGGGAAUUAUUUUACGUAUACAUUAUCCAGUUUCCAAUGGUUAUAAAAAGUUGUAUCAAAGAUGUUGAAAAGGGGAUCAUAAAUCCUCAACAUUUGAUAUAUUUUUUAUCAAACCUAUCUUCUAGUUUCAGUAUUUACUAUCGAAGAGUUAGGAUAUUAACGAAUCCGAAGGAACACAUGUUUUCUAUCAUUCAUGCAAGAAUAUAUCUGCUGAAGGCAUUACAAUGUGUAUUCCAUAAUUCUUUGCGUUUGUUGAACGUUGAUCCAGUUCGAGAGAUGUAGGAAUAAAAAUAUGGAGACAACUAGGCCAAAAUGGUUACAAAGUAAUUUUUUGAGCGAAGAAUAAGAAAAUACAAAUUACUGGAAACUCUACAAAAUUUAUUUAUUUGUUUACCAGAAUAAUGAAACAUUGCAUGCGGUGUCUUUUGACAUUGAAUCUAAAGUUUCUGUGUACUCAGUAGGGAUGUUUAUACAAAAAAAAUAUCGAUAAUAUCUCGAUAUAAUACAUAAUACAUAAUACGGAUUUUUCCGUAUUUUACAUCAUACUAACAUUUGAAUGCGUUUAUGAUGGCGCCAUCUUAAUUAUAUCAUAGACGGUUGUUAUUCCUAUUUCAAAUUCAGUGCAUCACGAACGAAAGUUCCUCGCUCAUAUUUUUUUUAAAGUUACACUGUAAUUCUAAGACUGCUUUAUUUUGUUUUCGUACAACUCGAAGUAGUAAUAUUGUCUACACCUCGUUUACAGUUCAUUUUCUUAACGAAAUGACGAUUCUCGAUUUAAACAAAAGCAAAUCUUGAAUUAACCCUCCCCUCCUCAACCACUCUGAUCUCCGAGCACUGCGCAUGCGUCAACUAUUUACAAACUACGUCAGAGAGUACUAGCUUCUCUUUGUCUUCAGGUUCGCGAUCGCAAAGUACCGCGGAACUACAUUGCGAUCGCGAAACUUUCGUAAAUCCGUAAAAUUCUGAUUCCUCAUGCUAUGGUCAUGGAUGGAGUCGCCAUCUAGUGUCAAAUACAGAAGCUAAAAAUUACGAUAUGAACGAAUCAGUCCGGAUUCUAGAUAUUCAACUGUAUAUCGAUACUUUGCGAUAUAUCGUAAGGGAUUUGUAUUCAACUAGUUUAAAUUAUUGACAAUCAGAUAGGGUUUAGGUUAAUUUGAGUAUAAACAGAAUACAGAAACAAAUCAAUUUUAUAUAUUCAUAAAUCCCAAUAAUUUUUCUUUAGACUUUGCAAUAGCUAAAUUUUUUCAACUCUCUUAGUUUGCAGUCUGCUUCUUUGCUGGGUUAAAACUUGCGCAGUUUUCGAGAAAAGUUGCUAAGAUGGAACAGAGCUAGCCGCUAUUAUUAAAUAUUUAAAAACGAGAUUAUAUAACUUUGGGAACUGUACCUUGUCAUCUACCUUCGUACAAUCUACUAACUGGAGCCCUCAUUAGAAAGAUUUUCGUCUGGUUUAUUCGUUUUCCAAUUCAGCUAGACCAGUUUCUGGUGAUUGUUCAGAGACUAUAAUCCGAUGAAAGACUAAUUUUGUCGGAAUUGUCCGUGUCAGAUUUCGUAGUAGUACAUAAUAUUCAUCCUACUUGGUUUUAUUUAAAUUGUAUCUUUAAAGUUACUAAAGGCAUUUGCGCAGGUCAACGGAUCUUCAAAAAAUGAAGUUAUUUGAACUUCGGGUUCAAUAUUGUAGCAGUAGUCAAUGAUGAUACGUAUUCGAUAGCUCCCAUUCGUUUGUUAAUCUUGGUAAGAGUGCGUUUAUGUACCUCCUUGAUUAAAGGCUCUUCAUUUAUUAGGUUUUUCAGUUUUGAUAUCAUACAGUGCACUAAUGGAAUGACCUUGGCACUAGAACAAUAUUUAUCGCCAGAUAUUUCCUUAGUCGCUGCUUCCAGUGGACGUAAAAUGUUAAGAUGCGAUGUUAAUAUUGUCAACUCCAUACCAGUUAACAUCGACGGUGAUGUUUGAUUUUCGAUCACACGAUACCCUGUGGGACUGUAGCCAAUCAUUAUUCAUUUUUCAACCUUUGAAUCUAAUUUACCUCGACGCUCUCUUGGAAUGUGGCUAUAACUCAAACAACCAAAAAUUCUAAAGUUACUUAUGUCAGGCUUUCUCUGAUACCAGAUUUGUAAUCAUUUUCCAUCUCUUUCUCUCCAAUUAUUUUGAGGACAAUUUCUCUUAAAAUGUGUAUCUCUCCACACUGAUAACAAUCUUGAUUAUUCUGUGCUUGUAAAGCAUACGGAACACUGGUAUUUUCCUUAGUUUGUUUACAUAAUUUUCGUUUUUCAUACUCAGCAAGUAGUUUCUUUUUCACAUCAACAAAUGUCAAACCUGUUGUAUUCUCAAUAACUGUUGAAAUUGUCUCUUAAGACUUAAAUGCAACUGACCGGGUAUCCCUUUCUUUUCAUAUUUGUCUCGUAACGUUUCCCACAUUUCAAAAGCCGAUUCCUUUUCUCUUAAUAACUCCUAACUGAUUGUCAUUCACAAAUUGCACAAUUGAAGACAUUGCUUUUUGCCUCUUUUUUCUUACUUUCCUCCUUCUGUUUACUUGUGAAAUCAGUUUCAUCUAUGACAGGCUCUACAUAUCCUUUCACUCCAUUUUCAGCCAAGAUUAUUUCCAUUCUAAAUUUCCAAUUAUGAUAAUUUUUUCCAGUUAACAAUUCUAUCUAGUAUGAUCUGCCUCCUUGUGCCUUUUUUAAUCUUUAUUCCUUUUCUAUUGUAUAUUAUUUUCACAAAGCUUACUUUAUGUUGUUAAAUGUUAAUAAACAAUAAGUAUUAUUAAAUUGACUUUAUUAAUAAUACAUAAAUGAAGCACAAUAAUACAUGAAUAAAAUUAUGCACGUAACGCAGUAUGUAAAAUGCACUUGAAAAAGUCUUUCGUUUAAUUAUAAAUGAAUGGACUGUAAAAAACACUUUUGUAUAAACACUGAUAACUGGAUGUGAACUGCUGAAUGCGACUGGCUGUCGCGUGGGCUGGUGGCGGACUGACCGUGGUGGGUCAUCCUUCGGGGCUCUUCAGACGGAAGGGGAAGAGCAAUAAAAUUUGGCUCUCUUGGUUUCCCGUCUACCUGGCAUUUUUAUUUCGCACAGGCACAAUUAUAUUUAGUGUGCGCAUCGUUGCUAUACUCCAACACUUUACUUACUAUUUACACAAAGCCUUUUAAGAAUUGGUAAUUAAGCAAGAAAUCCAACUUUUUUUAAUUGUUUGCAUUUUAUUUACAAGGUUAACAUCAACUUUCAACUGAGUUUUGUCAAACUAUUGCGUAUGUCUCUUGCAGUUGGUCUUGUGAAACAGUCAAUCGAAUCUUAUGUCUUCAUGUUUGAUUUCUUUUGAUAGAAGAAGAUAGAAUGUAGAAUAUAUGUGUUUAAUAAAUCGUAUAUGUACAUCUUACCUUAACUAAAAAUCAAAAAUUAAUAAUUUAUUUUGGAAUAAUAUUAACUACAGUUUUUUGAUAAUUUAUACAAAAAAAAUAAUAAAA